AAGGUCGACUCAUCUGACAACACACCAUAAACCUGUCGAACAGACCGCUCGGGCAGUCACAUUCUUCUGCUCGUGCAUCGGGCAGCACGGAAUCGACUCCCGAUAGGAACCCGAGAGCGAGAGUAACCGAGAGAGGUGGAAAGAGUGAGAGAGAGAAAUAGAGGGCUGAGAGUGUUUGUUGCUGUUUUAGCUCAGCGGCAGCAGCAGUAGUUCUCCACUUCCACCCUGAGCUUUUUACCCUACCCCUAGCUUCAUCACCCCCACUGCACGUCUACCACCCGAGUUCCGGCGUACGACACGACACCAGGACACCUGACGUACAGACGUCACACACGCGAAUGUCGCGUGCCGGCGUAGCGUCGACAGGGGGAUCCCCUCACCACGGCUACUGGAGCAACGGGUACCACGGGUACCAGGCAGGUCUGUACGCUUGUGCCGUAGACCCGCCGUGGCCCAGCUUCAACAUGGGGUACAGGCCAAGGAGCUACUGCAAUACCAGAUUUGGUCCAAGUUUCACAGUCAAGGACACAGCAGCAGCCUUGGACAUCCCCAAUCAAUUUGCAAGAAGGGGUGGGCACUUUCACCAUCCAUUUUGUGUCCCUAUGACGCUGUCAUCAGACCAGACGAAGUCAAAAGGCACCAUGGAGUAUGUGCCAAGUCCCGAAAGCUUUUACUCUCCAGAAUCUGCACCAUGCAAUGACUUUGCUGCUUUUGCUGCCAGCCCAAAUUCCCUGUACAUGUAUGACCAAGAGCGGUGGGACAUGCAGAACACUUUAAAUGCCAACAUAUUUUGUGGACAGAGCUGUGGUAACAGUGAGGCAGUCAGCCUGCCAGAUGCAGAAUUUGAUCUGGAGCCUCAAUACGAGCAGUCAAACAAUCUUGAGACCUACUUCAUAAACAGUCCUGUGACUAAUGCUACUGUUGUUGGACCCUUGGGUCAGGCCACUGUCACACAUCCAGAAAAGCCACCAUCAGAAAGCUUGCUUAGCACAGAAAAGAGUGAGAUGAGGGGUGGUCCCACCCUGGCCCAGCUGAACAUGGAUCCCCUUUUGUUGGAAGAUAUUGUUAGUCUCAUCAGUAAUGACGAUGAUGAUUUAGACAACCAGUCUCCAGAGACACACCAGCAGCAACCACAGCAGCAACAGACUUUGAACGUCAAAACAGAGAACAGCACACAGUCGUUAAGAACUGAUCAUAGAGGCAACACCUUCAUGACCUUAACACCUGUGCCAAAAAGUCUGACAGCCACUUUCACCUCCCAGGUUCCUGCUGCCAGUGCCACUCAGAUGUAUCCCAGUCAGUCUUCCAUACGGCAAAACAUAGCGGUCAUCACUCCUGUUAGUACAUCAGACAUCAAGUCCGAGCCUGUUGACCCUGAUGAUAAAUCCUGUCUCCACAAGCUUCUCACUCAAGGCCCCACAGGAAAACUGGCAGGGGCACUGUCAGCUCAAGCAAGUGCUAGCCCUGCUUCUAAUCGGCAAGUGAUGCCAGUUGUGGGACAUAAGAGGGCCCCGCCUCUUAAAGUCAAAUCAGAGUCAGUUGAGGAGAAGUGGAAGGAAAUCGAGAAAUUCAUUCACAAUCCAGAAACUUCCAAAAAAAGACGUCGCACAGUUUCUGGGUCUUCUGAAAGUUCUAUGGACGAGGACUUGGCAUCCAGUGGGUAUGCAGAUUACAUGGACGAUGAUUCGUCAGAUGCUGAAUCCGACAUCAGCGACACACCACUUCAGGAAUCCCUGACUGAGCUAGCCAAGAAAAGCAAGCAGUAUUUCUGGCAGUAUAAUGUGCAGUCCAAAGGACCAAAAGGGACAAGGCUUAAACUGUCUAUGACAGAUGAAGAUCCACACAAGCCUGCAAAAUUCGAAGACCCGGUCUUUGAUGCUACCAACACAACGCUUGUUGGUAUUCGUCAUGGUGGGAAGGCCAGAAAAGGGGAUGGAAAUGAAGUUACUCCAAACCCCAAAAAACUGUUCCACAUUGGGCAGCAACUUUAUAAACUUAAUCGGCAGAUAAACAGUUUUCAGUCCACGAGUGAUUUGCCAGCCAGUGUCCGGAACAAGUCACGGAAAGAGAAGAACAAGCUGGCAUCAAGGGCAUGCAGACUUAAAAAGAAGGCACAGCAUGAAGCGAACAAAGUGAAGCUGUUUGGAUUGAACUGUGAACAGAAUCAACUGUUGAAGAUAGGCAGCAUGAUAUGGCCAUCCCUAAAAGAACGGGCACAACUGUGCUUGCAGAACGGCAUUCAUCACAAAGAUAACCAUGAGUCUUUGACAGAAAAACUGAGGUCCCUGAUAGAGGCACAUCACAAAUUUGUGAUUGCUGGCAAUACAACAGACUUUGUCAAUGAAGUUAUUGAAAAAGUGGAAGAAGGUGACAUGACAGGUGGAUUGCCCAUUGCAGACCGGUCCAGAAAGUGAAGCACCAUUUCUUCUGACUGUUGAUCAAACCUGAAAGUUAACUGCAGUUUUUCCUCUGAAGCAAACAUUGAAUUUUUUCCAAUUUUGUCAGUGUUUGAACAGGAUUCUGACAGCUGGUAAGAGGAGUCAGCACGUCAGGUUGGAGGUCUGUGCAUUAACAAAAAGAGAUGUUAAAUUCCUUCUUUGCUGAUUUACUUAAUCCCAGCACAUGAUCUUUGGUCAUUCAGUGAAUCCUGAGAAGCAGGAGAAAGGACAAAGAUGGGAUGAAGACAUUGUACAUUAUGGCCAUGAGAGAUUUUCUACUUGCUGUCAUUACAACUGCAAAGUAGCCUGGAUUGUCAGCCUAUAGACUGAGAAACGUCUUAAAUCUUGCCAGUUUCUGCUAGUUGCUGUGUGUACAAAGAAGUCUCUGAUUUUCCUGUUAAAUUUUUGUACCAGUUUUAUGCAUGAUAACCUAACAGCUGGGUGCUGUGGUUUGGUCAUUGUUUAAAUUUAUGGCAAUGCCGUUUUUGCAAUAGGUCUGUCUUAAAAAUUUUAACAAAUUUUAUUUGGAAAAGAUGCUUGAUAGCUAUAAGUAAACAGUUAUUAAAAAAUGGUCAAAAUAUACCCAAAGUAUAUUUCCAGAACAUAGUAUAAUUACCUCAGAUUAUCGAAUUAAAAAGGUUUUUGAUUUGGAAUAGCAUAAAUUGUAAGGAAUUUAAAGUACUUUGACAAUAUAAUUUUAUGGACAGAUAAUCUUAGCUGUAGAAGAGUUGUUCAUCAGAAUGUUGAGAUGCGAGAGGUGCAAAUAUUUUAGCAUUAAUUGUGGAAAUUAUAACUAAUAUGAAAAUAUUACAUUUGCUUCUUGUUUUUAUGGUUUGAACUAUAUAGUUCAAGAGUGUUGUGUCUGUCUCCUUUCGUUAUAAUUAAGUAUACACCUAGUGUUUGCCCAGUGGGAUUGAAACCCCCAACUUAGCUUUAUUCCUUAUUAGUGAGGAUGAAAGAGUGUUUGGAGCUUUUAUUUUAGAGUCAUAAUCAUAAUGAUGCUUUAGGUUGAAUGAGGACAAAAAUUUAAUGCAAGACUGCAAGAUCAUGCUUUGCUUCUCUGCUUUUUGGUAGUUACAAUGCAUAGAUAAUUGUUUUUGUCGCUGCUCAGUGUUGCAGAUUUGUGAGUAGUGCAUGUUACAAUGGAAAAUAAAAUAAAGUGUGAUUUCUCAGCACAUGCCAUAAAAUCCCAAAAGGGCUGAAGAAUGUACAUUUCAGCUUCAAGGACUGUUAAUUAACAAGCUACUGAUAGCACUUAAAAGUUUUGUUGACAAUGUUAUUUACUUAAAUCUGAACUUGGUUAUGGUUCUUUUGUAAUAUUUUCAGAAAUGCAAAGACUAGCCCAGAGUCAAAAGCUACACGUUUGUAAAUAAGUGGAAUGGGAUUUACUGAAUGAUUGACAUCAUUUUCUUCCUAUUAAACUUAAAAACAUUACAAUACAUGUAUUAUCUAACUCGGUGUACCUUUGUAUAUGUUUGCAUCUGUACACUUGUAAGAGAAACAACAUUUUUUUUUAAUUACUUCAUGAACAGAAAGGGCAUUAUUAAGGGUCACAGCAUACAUUAUUUUGUAAAGCUCAAACAAUUGCAUUUUCUCUGAUGGAACCAACAUAUUUGGGCUUAACAGUUUGACAUAAAAUUCAAUUUUUGUUUCUUUUGUGGGAAGGGCAAAGAGAAGAUAAACACAUAUUUUAACAAAAUUUUGCACAUCUGGCUGUAUUAUAUCACCUAAAAUGAUUUAUUGUUAAAUUGCAUCUGCAAUGAUAACUAUGAGAAAAAUUGUGGUUUUUGCAUGCAGUGUAAGGAAUUAUCUUGAUGGAGAUAGGAUAUUCUUGCUCACUCAAAGCAGUACUAUACGUUUGUUGCUCGUUGCUGUGUUGCAAGCUGGUGCAUUCUUGCAGCCUAGGUCACAAAAAGAUGGUAUGAGAAGAUUAAAAUGGUUUUUGUAAAGCAUAAUCCAUAUUUAUGUUUGUAUUGAUACACUUUGAGCAGACUUGUGAGAGGAAAGUGUUUUCUUCAUGGUCAGCGUAUUUUUGGAAAUAAGAGCAAGAGACGAAUUUUUAUUUUAAUUUGCAAGACAGAUGGUUGCUUGAAAUAUUGUAUGUGGGGAAACUGAGCUGUUAUGCCGGAAUCUACAAAACCCAUGACUGAAAGAGAUUUCGUAAUGAAUGAGACAGAUUUGUGGGACAAAUGUUCUAGUAUUAUAAAGUUGAAUGCUCAGAUGGUGCUACAUUUUUGAAUGAGAUCUGAAAAUGCAUUUAGAUCGGCAUGUGCCUAGGUGUGAAAGAAACAGCAUCAGCUUAUUAUGUUUCUUCUGCCUUGUUUACAGUUUGUUUUCCAAACAUAACUUCAGGCAGAGCAUUUUGGAGCUCUGUUCACAUGUUAAAUUAUAGUAUUGUAAGUUGCUUUCUUCUUCAGACAUUUUUUGUUUAUAUUAACAUAUGUUGACACAGUCUUCAAAUUGACACUGCCUGUUGUGAUAAUAUUAAUUUCUAAUUAUGAAACAAUAGGGCCCUUAUUGGUGAACAAUAAGUAAAAAAAAGAAAACUUCAAAAGUUUUCAUGCACUGUUCUUGGGCUGCCUUGCUUGUAUCAAGUUAAUAUUACAUAUUCCAAACAGUGUAAUGAUAAAUACAUAUUUUGCCAUGAGUCCUCAUUAUUGUUAAAAAUGUUUUGUUAAGAGUGUUGGAAUAUUGGAGGUGCUGAGAAAAUAAAGAGGGAAAAAAAAA